UUCCUUUUCGCAUUUCCGAGCAUUCUAUUCUUAAUCUAACUCCAUCUUCUAACCAACUCAGACAUGUCGCCCGGAAAGGACACCACUGCCAUUAACCCACCUCCUGCAUGCCCCAUGCAUCAAGCACCAAAGCCUCCUCCAGGUUGUCCUAUGCACCGGCAAGAAAAUGGAGAAAGCCUCAACCCAGAUAAUAAUAUUCCUAAUUUAGCUCAAUCACCCUUUCCUGACCAAGAAAUACCCCUCCCUACUGAAAGAGUAAUUUCCUCUAUUCCUAAAGCCAAAACAAAUGAUAGUUCCAAAUGGGAAUACCCUUCGCCCCAACAAUUUUAUAAUGCUCUUCGUAGAAAGGGUUGGGAGACUCCCGAAGAUGCAAUCGAAACGAUGGUCGAUAUUCAUAACUGGAUGAACGAGGAAGCUUGGAAUGAAGUCAUGAAAUGGGAAAAGGAGCAUUCUGAUACCUGCUGUGAACCUAAACUCCUUCGUUUCCAGGGCCGGCCUCAGCAACUCAGUCCAAAGGCUAGAAUCAUGGGUUUUUUUGGCGCUCCUAAACCUUUUGAUCGUCAUGAUUGGAUCAUCGAUCGGUGUGGCAAGGAAGUACGUUAUGUUAUCGACUAUUAUGGUGGACAGGAUGAUGUCGCCAACGAUGUGCCAGUUUUUCACUUGGAUGUCCGUCCGGCUCUAGAUUCUAUGGAGAGUGCUAUGGAUAGACUCAAGUUUGGCGUUCGCGAAGCCUUUGCACGGUUUAAGAGUGAGUCACAGACGUCUUCCAAAACUGCUUAAAGGGGUCAAAAAAGAAAAGAGAAAGCAACAAUUCAAGAUUUGUUAAAUGUAUAACAUACCAAGCAGAAGCAACCCCAACCAUUCCUGCCGUGUAAUAACUUUUUUAUGUAGAGCAUAGAUUACUUUUAUUUUAUUUUAUUUUUUCUCCACCCAUUGAAGUAAUAAUACAAUUGACAGGCACAGAAUUAUUCCGGGAUUUGUGACCCUUAAGAGCAUAAAAUAAGCC